AUGCCUCAACUCUCAACUUGGAGUGGACAGGCCAGCACUUUGCAUUCAAAGUCCAACCCAGUACCGCCCAAUUGUAGUUCCAUCACUUUCAUGCCCCCACUUAGACCAUUUACUUUAUAUGCAACAUUUGAUACACCUUCCUGCAACAAAGAUGCGUGGUUAUCAAGGUUUUGUUCAUUUCCUCAAGUAAGAGCCUCAGCGUUUGCUCUGAAAUCCUUCGUCUUGAUCAGUGCAUAUUCUGUCAUUCCAUAG